AUAGCCUCGCUCGAUCACUCAUUCUGUCCGCCGCUGUGAUUUCGUCUGCCGCAACAGGUGAAUACGGUCACGGAUUCGUCACUGCUUGCUCAAUUUUGCAGACGACUGUCGAACACUCUUGUUGUCGAUAAAAGAUUGAUCCAUUUGGUUUCAGUUUUGACGAGAAACUGCUGUUUCCAGCUCUGUAUCUGUUCAGGAAACAUUAUCCGUGCCUUCGCCUCAGUACGAGAUACACACCGACAUCAUGAUCGAGAGGUUGCUCGUGAUAUUCCUUGCUUUCGUCGCGUCGACGCCCGCCGUCGUUUGGGGGCAGGAGACGGAGACAGACAUGGCGAUGCUCGGGGUGAACUCCCGCACGUACCCGCUCGACCUCAGCGGUCGCCCCAAGGAAUCAGUAUGCGUCGACAUCCCGGAGGAUCUGAGCUUAUGUCAAAAUAUUGGAUACACACGGAUGCGGAUGCCGAAUCUAUUGGAACAUGAUACCAUUGAGGAAGUCAAAAACCAAGCUAAGAGCUGGAUUCCUCUUCUCCUUCAGCACUGUCACGAAGGCACCCAGCUCUUUCUCUGCACCCUCUUCGCUCCGGUCUGCCUUGUCCUCGACCGCCCUAUCUACCCGUGCCGGUCGCUCUGCGAGGAGGUCCAAGCCGGCUGCGGUCCCCUGAUGGAGUCCAACUGCUUCCCGUGGCCGGAUAUGCUCAGGUGCGACAAGUUUCCCGAGGACAACGAUCUCUGCAUCCGACUGAACAUGCGGAAUCAGAACGGGACCGUCGAGGCUCAGCCAUUUGAGAUGUCUGCAGGUACGGCACGUUCCGGUAAAAUUUAGUGAUAGAUUACUAAUAUUAUAUAAUCAUUAAUCAAACCAUGUUUUUCAUGUUUUUGUAAUAUGUGGUCAAUCUGCCAAGGCCAAGCGUGGGCGCAAGUCGAGCGAGGGGCAUGGGCCGCUGUUGGGCCCGCUGUUGGGUCGAAUCAACGACCCGGUCCAGAUCCAGAAGCUUGGUUCAACAAACGUUGCAAUUAACUUUGCCUUUGCGGCAACUAUUAUGAUAAUGGGUCUCAGAAAGCAAUCAAGGUUGCCAUGGUAGUUGUCAUUCUGGGGCAGUUACCACAGUUGCAUCGAUUAACAUCUAGAUCAGUCAUUACCCGUUGGACUGAUUAUUUACGAUUAAUCAUAGACUUUGGAUAACCUAUACACCUGGGUGAAGAGCGGUAAAAAUAAAAUAACAUUUGUCCAUAUCCAUGACGAUUGCCAACUAUGCCAACUAUGAUUUAAGUGUAAUGAAAAAAAAAUAAGCCUAAUGGAGACCCGUCCAUAGCCGGGGUGACGAGAAAUCAUUUUAUCUCUGGUGACCUAUGUUAUAUUGGUUGUCAAACCUGUAUAAUCAUUUAAUAAAAAGAGUUCUCAAAAGGAACAAGAAAAGUUGUCUUAUUGAUAAAGGCAGGUGGUAUUUGUAGACAGAUAGCCUACAAGUGAGAACCAGAUUUAAAGGAGAACAAAAUAGAGCGGAGAAACGGCCUUUGCCUCUUCAGCUCCAUCUCUCUGGAGUCUGGAAUGCUCUUCCACUGAGGGUCCGAUCAUCUGAAUCGCUUGAACAUUUAACAAUUAUUUAAAAUCCUGUUUCUUCUUACUUUGGUUGAAUAUGUUAAGGUAAUUUUGAUCUGACCAUACACUCGCACAAGCAAACAUUUUUUCCCCUGUAAUUCCACCCCCAUCUCUCUGCGCUUCGGAAUAGUUUACUAGAUAGAUGGCGCGUAAUAAAUGCUGUGUUUAUUACGGAAAGGGGGAAAUACAGACAAUCAUUAUAAUUAUAGAAAAGCUGACAGUGUUGACACUAAAAAAAAAAUAAAACAGGUUUGGUAAAGUUUGGUUCACUACACCACUUCUGUUUUCCUUACCACUGAUGAAUAAAAAAUGCAUAAGGUUUUAAUUAAACACUGAGUAGUGUUGUAAUAAGUCACCUGAUUUGCAUGUAAAUUGGUUUCCAAUCACAGUUAUGUAAAGGUUACCAUGCCUCGCCGAUAGUGUUGUAUAAUGUGACACAGUAAAAACUAGAGGGGUGAAACUGACUUUUACGCAGCAAAAACUGUGGUGUUAACCGGUGUACAUAACGGACCACACCAGUUAUUUUACACCGGUGUUGAAUUGAUGGUGUUAGUUUUACACCUAUAGGUGUCAUUACAACACCUUUGGUUGUUACAUUUACACGCUUUGGUGUUAUUUUUAAUCUCUAGGGUGUAAUUAUAACACCUCGGGGUGUGGUCCUCUAUUAACACCAACUGGUGUUAGUUUUAACACCGCAGUUUUUACAGUGUAGUUCGUAACGCCAGAGUAACAAACCCUGAGGUGUUUAAAAAUAACACCCUAGAGAUUGAACAUAACACCAAAGAGUGUAACAGAAACAACAAUAGGUGUUGUAAUAACACCCACAGGUGUGAACUAACACCAAAAACGCUC